AUGGACGGCCAGCGACAGCAGUAUUUCCAACCGAUCCCACCCCCUCCUCCUCCUCGAGUCCCGGCGCAAGUCCAGCAUGUUAAUGUUGGAUUUCCUCCGCCCCCUCCACGCCCUCCGCUGGUUCAAACGGGAUAUACCCAGCAAUGGCAGCAGCCGGCCUAUGCGCGCCAGGUUAUGACCUCAGGCUAUACAAUGUCACCACCGGCUCAUCCUCAAGCCCACCCGCAAGCUCACCCACAGCAUCUUCCGUAUAAGCCAGCCAGCUUCACAGGCGUGGACACCUCUUACAACCCCUCAGCACCUUAUAUGCCUGGAGAACUGCCCCUAACAUCGGCAACUUACGUUCCUGGAAAUGAAACGCUCGGCGGUUUCCCUCCAUUGUAUGAGCCUUCGCACGGGCGGGCUGUCUAUGACCCGUAUACACAGCGGCCUAAUGGCGCACCGGUAUACGCUGAAGCAGCGGCCUAUAAUCCACAAACUCCGUCCGGGCGGCCUGCACAGCCUUUUUCCGUUCAUGGCAAUUUCCACGAACUGUCCAAUGAGCAUGUGAAUCCAUCGCCGCAGCCAAACAACCAGGGACCUGAUCUCAACAAGUCACCAAGCCACCGUCAUAACACUAGCGGCGCGUCACUAGGUGGGCUAUCACCGAGUGAGGCUGCAGCUCAAUGGCCCUUGGAGAAGGUUCUUCUCUGGCUGGCUAAAAACCAAUUCUCAAAAGACUGGCAGGAUACCUUCAGAACACUUGAGCUCCAGGGCGCGGAAUUUCUAGAACUGGGUCUCGCCUCUGGUGGACGCGGAAAUCUUGGCAAAAUUCAUCAGGUUGUAUACCCUCAAUUAGCGAAGGAGUGUGUCCGAAAUGGUACUGGGUGGGAUCCGAAGCGCGAACGCAUUGAACGUGAUGAAGGUCUACGAAUUCGAAGACUCAUUCGUCUUCUUCAUGAUGGAGCCCCGGAUUCAUCGAUAUCCACUCCUCUACGUCAGGAGCCCCCAAUCCUCGAUACUGGAUCUGGCACUUUUAUUCGUGAACCCCGCUCGGCUAUAGAGGGGACAAACGACAUUACUUCAGAGCAGCUAGCUCCCGCUCAAAGCUCUAAACAGAACUCCGGGACACGCUCCUUCACCCAGCCGAACCCCACUGGUCAUGGCUCGCCCUACGAGUCUCCUCUGCGAGAGACUUCCGGACGGUCAGAAUUCUCACGCAACACAUUAAGCAGCGCUCUUAACGAUCAUCGUCGGCAGAGUCCCUCAAUCUCUAAUGAAGAAGGCACCUUCCCAAGCUCUACUACCCUUGGAGGUUCCAAUCUUCGGGCUGGAAAUAGUCCCAAGAGCGGCAGUCCCGCAGCACAGUUCGCUUCACCCUAUAGUGGUCCGGCGCCGUCGUCUUCUGGGGACUUGCCACUCAGAUAUGAGCAUUCUCGUGGAAACAGCACCGAUUCCAUACCUGGGACUCGAGGACCCUCCUCCGCAAUUGCAGGCCGAUACUACGAGCAUCGCAAACAGGGCGAUGGUCCUCGCUCCUCGCCUCAGGAUUCCCAACGACCAUACACCGCGGAAAAUAUAUCUGCCAGGGAACAUAGUAAAGGAUUCUUUGAUCGGUUUGAUCGGCUCAGAAAGAGGACCAAAGGAACCGACUCUAGUCACCCAUCGCCUAGGGAGUCUGACCUGGAACCACCAAGCCCUGGAGAACAUCAUUAUAUCCCAUAUUCCACGCCCAAUUUCAAUACUAGUGACUUGUCCCUGAGCGAGCGCUCACCAACCAAAGCCAAAAAAUGGAUAAUGGUCACGGUGGAUAACGAGAACUUCCGUUUGAUUGAUGCCACAGAAAUGGAAACACCGGGCAAUUUACGCACGAGCAUAUGUAAAAAGCUCGGACUCUUGGAUUUGGGCAAUGCUCAGAUGUAUCUUACUGAGCCCGGCCAGACCGAUCACGAUGAGCCUUUGAAUGAUGACUCUCUGUUGCGUUUUCGCCAAGGCAAGUCCGAUGCGCAACGUGCUCUGAAACUAUUAUUUGUGAAGGGAACCCAGAAAACUCGCCCAUCCCCUAUGGAUGGUCUUGGGGUUUCGAUCUCCACAGGCCAACAUGACAAGCCGGCUCUGUCACCUACGGCCCUACACAGCCCGAUAAUUCGGAAGCCUCUGGCUGAUGACGCGAGAAUCUCCCCGCAGACUCAGAAUAUACCUACUUCGCCUUUCUCCACCUCCCGGCAACCGACUCUUAAAGCUUCCGGCACUUCAAAUGGGGCUCAAGUGGACCCCCUUAAGGAUGAUUUGUUCGCUCGCCAUGAGGCAUACAAACGCGAGGUGGAACGUAAACAAGAGGAGAACCAUAUUUCGAGACUUCCUCCCCCUCCUUCUCCUCAAAUGCCCCUGGAGGGUUCAUAUGGAGAAAAUGGAUACAGAAGUACGAAGGUCAUUGACUUCGACAAACGUCGCGUUUCGCCGUUUGAAGAAAAGAAGACAUCUCCCUAUGAUGACAAAAAGCCGGAAAGCCUGGUGCCUUUCCGAAAACCACCCGUUGCUCCGAAUGAAUCGAACACUCUUACUAAAGUCAAUUCUCUUCGAAAGCCUCCCCAAACCCAUGGCCUGGGGGCCGCGCUUACUAGCAUUGGCCGCAUAACAAGUGCCAUUGGUACACCAGCCACUUCCGUCAACGCUUCUUCUACUCCAUCCUCCGCCAACCGUGACAGUGCUAGCUCAGAGUCUGACAGGCCACCAACAUUGGGCUCGGCGGACACAGCUUCUAGCAGAACGACAUGGGCAGAAUCUUCUCAGAAUGGGCCCAAAUUUUCAGAAGAAUCACCUUCUGAGCCAUCUCGGAGGCCAUCUUUGCAAUCUCGCAAGUCAUUCGGGCCGGAGUUUGUGUUUGAAGAGAAAGAAGUUUCCUUUCAACGCACUCCACAACCAGCGGAGGAUUCCGGUUCCGAUGAUGAAUCUGAUGAUGGUCUCUUUAUGGUUCCUCUAACAAACAAGAACCAAGAAGAUGAACCCGAGGUCGAGGCGCCGAAUGAUACUGUUCGUGCGAACCAAAAAGGACCUAGGGUUAGCUUCGCAGCUUCGGUCAAUCCUGAGAGUUCUGGCGGGGAGGCAUCCGGCAGCAAAGACCCUAGAACAUUCUAUAAUGACGUCUCACCUAUUGAUGAGAAGGCCGAGAAAAGAAAAUCAUUUGUCAAUGACGACGUUUGGGCUAGCAGACCUGCUGUCGAGGGCGUCAUUGACAAUCUGGACAGCUUCUUCCCAGGUGUUGAUCUGGAUGCUCCUUAUCUAGAUGAACCAGCGUCUCCAAGCUCCAAGCCAAAUCAUGUGGAUGACUCAACUGCGAAAGGCAGAUCAGAGCACCCACCUCCUAUACCUUCAUCCAGGAAUGAUCCAACUGCUCUCUAUGGGGAUGAUACCUCAACAAUGCGACCACAGGCUGGAUCCAAGGCGGUCGCUACUAGAUUUAUUAAUCAAAGUGGAGGUGCAGGUGGUAAUGGUGGCGGUGGUCUUGGAAGGACCAAAUCGAUUCGACAGGUGGCGCGUGAUUCUCAUCGAACCAAGAGCGUGAGUGCUGGGGGGCCCCAGAAAUCGGGCAUGCUACGCCGCAAGAGUACCAAGAUGUUCGGCGCCAAAAUUAUGCAAAUCAGCCCUAAGCCUGGAAGUCGUAUCAGCCGAUUGGACCCCAUCCCGCAGCAAAGUACUCCCCAGCCCGAACCAAGUGGCACUGUCCCUCAGCGCCAGCCUACCUUCCGUAUCAUCCGUGGUCAGCUUAUUGGUAAAGGUACUUAUGGUCGGGUUUACCUCGGCAUGAACGCAGACAAUGGUGAGGUUUUGGCAGUGAAGCAAGUUGAGAUCAAUGCCCGUAUUGCAGGGUCAGACCGUGACCGUAUCAAAGAGAUGGUUGGCGCUCUCGAUCAAGAAAUCGACACUAUGCAGCAUCUUGAACACCCUAAUAUCGUGCAGUACCUGGGUUGCGAGCGAGGCGAAACUUCAAUCUCUAUCUAUCUCGAAUAUAUUUCUGGUGGUUCCGUUGGCAGUUGUCUUCGGAAGCAUGGAAAAUUCGAGGAAUGUGUUGUGAAAUCUCUUACCAGACAGACACUCGGUGGUCUAGCCUACUUGCACGACAAGGGCAUUCUCCACCGAGACUUGAAAGCAGACAACAUUCUCUUGGAUCUGGAUGGAACUUGCAAGAUUUCAGAUUUCGGUAUCUCCAAGAAAACAGAUGAUAUCUACGGCAAUGAUUCAAGUAACUCCAUGCAAGGCUCGGUCUUCUGGAUGGCUCCUGAAGUUAUCCAAUCCCAAGGCCAGGGCUACAGUGCCAAGGUCGAUAUCUGGUCCCUUGGCUGUGUGGUAUUGGAAAUGUUUGCUGGUCGUCGUCCUUGGAGCAAAGAAGAGGCCAUUGGUGCCAUCUUCAAACUUGGUAGUCUUGGCCAGGCUCCUCCUAUUCCGGAUGAUGUUAGUAAAACAGCUUCAAUUGCGGCUCUUAGCUUCAUGUAUGACUGUUUCACUGUUGAUUCGGCUGAACGUCCUACUGCCGUUACUUUACUCACUCGUCACCCCUUCUGUGAGUCGGAUCCGACGUAUAACUUCCUCGACACGGACUUGUUCAAGAAGAUUGGGUUGCCCACAUCGUAG